GACCCAUUGUGCAUUUACAAAAUAAAACAACCAUAAAUACCAUCAAUCGCCAGCCGAGAAAUGACGUCAUCAUCACCGUCUCCGAGAGCCUCUAUGCUUCUGUACUGGCACGAGAACCAGUACGACGACCGUAACUUCCAGAUUCACGGCCAGACAGUUUUCUUCGUCGUGGCUCUGUUCUCCGUCGUCCUCUUCUUCGCGUUACUCACUCUCUACAUCCACAGGAGCUGCCUCGCUCGCGAUCCCACCGACUUCCACGCGCCGUCUCCUCCGUUUACGCUGUACGUCAGCGGAGGUCUUGACCCGGCGGAGAUUCGGAGUUUGCCGGUGGUGCUCUGCCGGAGAGAAGCUGAGGAGGAACAGAGGGAGUGUUGUAUAUGCCUCGGUGGUUUAGAAGAAGGGGAGAAGAUGAAAGUGCUUCCUCUGUGUCGCCACUGUUACCACUGCGAAUGUGUGGACCGGUGGCUUAUGACCGAGUCGAGUUGUCCGCUGUGCCGAGUCUCGAUCAGAGUCGACUCGUCCGUGUCGUUGCCAGUGCAUGGGAAUGAAACGACGACGUGUUGAGUGAUAGUGAUUUUAAGAUAUUUGUGGUUUUGUUUUUGUCAUGGGGUUGAGUAAAGAUAUUUUAGAAACAGACAGACAGGAAUAGCAAUGGUUAUAGUUUAUUUGGAAAACAAAAGAUUAUUAUGUAAAUGUCUAUUCAAGUGAUUGUGAAGUUUUUAUCACUUCUUCUGCAGAUAUUUUUUUAAUUUGUAUGAUUAAGAUCUUUGUUGUGUAGAUAUUUUAAAAGUUGACAAAGUAAUAUAAUAUACCCAA